AUGGAACUGAGAUUGCACGGCCCGCCAAAGGCGCCUAGACUGGGCGUGGACAAAGCUGACAACGACGGCAUAGACGAGCUGAACACAGGCGAUCCUGUAGCCUUGAUCAAACAACUGAAACUCGAUGACGCCAGAUUGAUGGAUAUCGACGAGAACAAUCUUUCAUCAUUGUACAAAAAGGUGGCAAACCUCUGCGGGCACCCCACCCCGGUACUCAUAACUCUGAAAGAGGUCAAGCUGAAAUCCAGCGCCCUGUCAAAGAGUAUCUUCCAGAACUGGAGGUUGCUGAAUUCUAUACUUCAACGCCAUGAAGCAGUCAUUCAGAAACGCUGGAGAAAGCGCUCGGUCGAGCAGCGUAGGAAGGUCCUCCUGAGUGCUUGGGAUGGCCCCAUGCCGUCCAAUCACCGACCCGACUUCGAGGCCUUCCAUAAAGAGACCAACGCACAGCGGCGCUCGGGCACUCGGCAUCGCGAUGCAUUCGUGUGGCCAUACAUCAACCAGGAAGACCUUACAAAGCCGAGGACACUGCUUCUCUUCCUCAAUUCUCGAGGGCGUCAUGGUCCCGACAAAUUUGCCAGCGCUGAUGUAAAUGCUAUGCACCUAGGAAUGGCUGCUGAUGCGGUCUCGCCCGCAUUCCUCCACGGUUACAUAAUGCUGUUUCGAGGUCGUGAUGAUGCAGAAUCGUACGGAGAGAUCGUCAAAAUCGACGAGCAUCGGCACGGGAUCGAGUUGUUGUUCACCCAGAAAGAGCCUCAUGCAGGCCUCGGGCUGCUCAUACUGGAGAUACAAGAUCGAAUAAUUGCUUUUCUGCUCAAAUGUGCACGAGACAUCCUUUUCGAUUUCUCGGACACGCAGGUCUUCGACAGUGAGGUCCGUCUCGAACCCCCUUCAGCAUCCGAAUUGGGGUCUGGCUUCACUUCGCUGGCGAUCCUGGCAGCAGAAGCGCCAUACCGAGUACCUUACCAGCUUGAUAUGCCUCGCAUCGAGUCUCUUCUGGCGGCCAAGCGCGAUCAGGCUGCUGAUCAUUUGUGGUCCCUUCGGGAGGAUCCCAAAUAUUUCAUGCACGCGAUCAACGAAGUUGCAGAACAUCAAGUGGAGCAACUCAACAGCUCUCGAGGUCGAUCUCAUGCGUUUUCUCGUCAAGAGCAGCAAGAUUUCCUGUGGGAAGACGCGGUGAGCACGGUUCUGACUACCUCAUACUUGGAACUCGAAACCUGGUCAGAACUGGAGAGCCAAGCGAGAUCGCUGGGAACUAUGUACCUCAAAUAUGGUCCAACGCUCCGGGUACAAGAUGACUUGCCAGCAGACUUCUAUUACGCGAUCCUCACUUUUCGUUAUUGGUUGGACAAGACAGCCCAGGUUCACGUCCUCACGCUCAAACCAACAAUCGCAGGGUCGGCACUCUUCCGGCCUUAUGUUGAAGGCCAGCCUGCUACGGCUCCGACGACACCUGGGCGUCACGCACGGCAGAAGCUGAAUGUCAAGCUUGAUAAGCUACCGAAAGAAGUUCUGUGGCUUUUGGGUGUCCUGUGGGGAGAAGAGCCGGAAUUGCGCUCAAUACCAAAGACCAUCGUCGUGGAUGAGCUGCAACGGUUGCUGAGCACCAGUGACUAUGCUGACGAACUCAUUUCCGAGUAUGUGGCUGCACUGAUAGCCGACAUUUCUAUCAUCAGCGAGUGCAUGAAUCAGAUUGAUUUAUUUCAGCCCUGGGCAAAUACUUAUCAAUGCGGAUUGCAGCGUCACGGAGAGAACUUGCGCAAGGAUUUCGCGAAGAGUAUUCAAGUUUCAAUGCGUUUGUUGGACGCCUUCUGCGGAGACGAUGCGAGUUCUCUGGUUCGCUUUAUGGCACCCGGUGAGGUGGACUUCCACUAUCCAGUCGACAAGCGAAGAACCAAGCAGCACGUCGAGGCGAUGCAAAUGGCAGAAAAGAACCUCGACAGAUUCUGGGCGCGCGUGGACGACAUCACUAAGCGAAAAGUAGGGAACUUGAAUGGCACUGCAACUGGAGCCUUGUUGAAGGGAAGCCGCACCCUGAGUCGUACCGCUGAUUGGAUUGAGCCUGUGAAGUCAGCGGUCAUGACAAACGUGCUUACCGAGUUCGAGAGGCCGCUCUCUGAGCUUUACCUUGAGCUGCAGCGUCGGACGGAACGUACCAUAACGAGAAGCGCUAUCUCUGCACAAGCAAAGGCCAAACGAAAGACUCGUGGCGCUGUUAAUUUGCCGUCGACCACAGCCGGUUACUCACCACCACCAGAGGCCAGCGCUGACGACGCUCAACCAGCGUUCAAAGUCGGCGCCCGUGCUCUCAGAGUUUUCAAGAACCUCUUCCAUACUCCCUCACUCACAGCGGCGCCAGGCGAGAUUGACUGGGCAGACUUCCUACACGCGCUAGCCUCGAUUGGCUUCGGCGCAGAGAAGCUCUACGGAUCAGUAUGGCAGUUCAAUCCGACCAGAAUAGACGUCGACAGAGCGAUACAGUUCCAUGAGCCACAUCCAUCCGGCAAGAUCCCAUUCUUCGCAGCGCGAAGACACGGUAGGCGGCUGAACCGGGCUUAUGGAUGGCAUGGUGGGAUGUUUGUGCUGGCGGAGAAGACUUGA